AUGAGAAUGGAUCAUGAAUCUGGAUAUCUUAAAGGACCUUCUUCAUUGUUAACACCUGUAUAUUUGGAAGGAAAGAAUUUAGUGAAAAACAAACUUCUAGAUGACCGUUUCACCAAAACUUCCUCAGUUUCCAAUACACUUUCUUCGCUCUCAUUAGAUAACAAAUCAUUAAAAUCAUCCAUCAGUCUAUCAUAUACAGGUUCAGUCCUACAUUGUGAUCACGAAGUAACAGUCAGACCCAAUGAUAAGCAUCAUGAGGAGAAAAAAACAAGUGUUCCAAGUUCACUUGAAUCAACUCCUAUCGACUGGUUAAACGACGCUAUAAUCAAAAUUUCAGAUACUAGUUUUCAAAAUAUACUAGGAUGUACGGUUGAUGACUCUAUGAAAAGCAAUUCUAUUCAUAAUACAUUUAGUGAUUUACUGACAUACGAACGCAAAGAGACCUACAAACAGCUGAAACUAGAGUUAAUUAGCUGCAUAUCCUCCUCUAUAGUCGAUGGCAGUCCAUCUAAAGAAAAGAAAAUUGUUUUGGGACAAUCAAUUCACUCUUGCAUUGAUAAAGAUCCAGAAUUUAUACUUAAAGCUGCUUUGUAUUGCCGUAGAGAGUUGAAUAUACGUACAACAACCAAUAUGUUAAUAGCUGUUGCUAGCUGUAGUGAGCAGUCUCGAUCUUUUAUUAAGAAGUACUUUUCUUCUUGUAUUCGCACACCGUCAGACUGGAUAGAAGUUGCCGAAUACUAUGCAAUGAUAAGUGGAAAUUCAAGUUUGAGAGGUAUGCCAAAAGUUUUACGGAAUAGUAUGGCAUCGAAGUUCCUUGAAUUUGAUCAGUACCAACUUGCUAAACAUUCCAAACCCAGAGCAAGAGCUAAUCGUUCAAAGAAAUCGAAGGCUCUGAAAAGAAGCCAAAAUGGUGUAGUAGUCAGUACGGAUAUCGAUGCCAUUAUAUAUAGAUUGGCACACUCACCUCGUAUAUAUUUUACAAUAAAGGAGCUUAUUCGUAGAUUGCACAUAUCAAGGCCCAAGUUCAACGUUAUGUGCGUUCUGGGAAAACCUUACCCAUCGGAUAGUACUGAUUUUAUUCGUAUGGGACUGGAAGGAGAUUGGGAUUCAUCCAAAGCAGGUACACGUAUGAAGUUUCCUAUUCCUGUUACAUGGGAAACAGAAUUAUCAGUCAAUGGAAACAAUUCAGAUUCUUGGUCAAAACUUAUAACUUUAAACAAAGUCCCACAUAUGGCGAUGUUAAGAAAUCUGCGCAAUAUUUUGAUGUCCGGUAUUCAAGAUGAUCUUCAUGAGAUAGUCUUAAAGAGGCUUACAGAUCCUCGUAUUAUUAUAGAAGGGAAGCAGUUUCCGUUCCGUUAUUUCUCGGCUUUUGAUACUAUUGAUAAACUUGAACGCAGAUUUCGUUUUCAACGAUUUUUAUCCCUUACCUCAGCUAAAGAAUUAUUGAGACGUAGGAAACAUACACCUAGGUUAUUGAAAAAAUUGGAAUGGUUAUUGAAACGCAUAAAAUUUGUAGACAAACAGUAUCGCCGUUACGAUCUCAAUAUUUUGGACCAUUAUAAAAAUGCAUUAAGUACCGCUUUAGAAUUAUCAAUGAAGCAUAAUUUGCCACCAAUAUGUGGUUCAACAUUAAUUAUAUGUUCUACUAGUAAAUAUGUCAAUCCUUCUAAACAUAGAUUAUCAAAAUCUUAUAUGAAAAUUCUAGGUUUCCUUCUUGGCGCGAUGUGUACGUCGAUGUGUGAAACACCUACAACCUACGUUACAGUUGAUGAUCAAUACAAUUUAACCCCAAUUGAAGUUGUAUUCAGAAAAAAACAGACUUUAGAUGAUGAUGGUAAAAAUCCACAUUUAUACGACUCGAAACAUAACGAAUUUCUAUAUAAACAUAAAAAUAUGGGCAUUCUAGAAAGAACAAAGCAAAUGUAUGAAACACGUGGUUCACUUAUAUCUGCUCCAGUUACGACAGUUUUUCAGAAACUCUGUGCUUAUCGGAAACAGUUUGAUAAAAUUGUUAUCUUUGGUGAUUGUCAUAAGGAAAUUGUUGAUUAUGUUAUAAAUUAUCGGACAUACAUUGGACCAUUGAAAGCAAUCUGGGGAAAUUUGAGUGGUGAAGAUAUAUGGCCAAAAUCAUGUAGUAAAGAUGGUUGGAUUGAAUUCAAAGGGUGUACAGAUCAAAUUCUACGUUAUAUUGCUGAACCAAAUGAAGAUAAAUUACUUGAACGUAUUGAGAAAAUGGAUGAAAUCUAUGGAUUAAAUAAGAAUAUUUCACAUCACUUUAAUUUAAAAACAAAAAUACAAGAAGAUCAUGAUAAUAGUAUAUUAUCGAAACGUGAUUACUUUAGAUCAGGAUGGAAAUGUUGUCAGUUGUUUAUUUCAUCUACAUUUCGUGAUAUGCACGCUGAACGUGAUCUAUUAUGUGGUUUACGUGUACAUUUAAAUGAAAUCGAUUUACGUUGGGGUGUUCCUGAACCAGCUACAUACAAUGCACAAGCACUACAGAUAUGUUUAGAACAAGCGGCUGCUAGUGAUAUUUUUGUUCUGUUAUUGGGCGAUCGUUAUGGUUGUAUACCAGACGAAGCUGAAGUUAUGUUAUUACCUGAAUCAUUAUUAUCUGAAGUGUGUAAAUUUUAUAAACCUGGAAUGUCUAUGACUGAAAUGGAGUAUCAUAUGGCUAGACAAGCUGCCAUAUCUAAAGUCCCUAUUCAUGAAAGACGACAGCAAAAUACAAUAAGUUUUCAUGAGGCAAUACGUCUUCGAAUUUGUGUUUUCAUUAGAGAUUCAGCAUCUAUAGAAAAUGUACCAGAUGAAUUGAAAGAUUGUUUUGAAGAGUAUGAUGUUGAAAAACGUCAUCGUCUUAACGCCUUCAAAGAAUUAAUUCGUAAUGACGGUGUUAUUGUUAGUCAUAAUUAUUCAGCUCAAUUCAAUGGUUUAAUAAAUAAUUAUCCAAUAAUGGGAAAUUUAGAUGAAUUCGGAAGUCAAUUUUUUGCAACAGUUAAAUCUUUACUUCUACGUCUAUUUCAUAAUGAUAGUGAUAGUACUCCAGUAUAUAAUAGUGAUAAUAAUUUUCCUAUAACUGUUAACAAGUCAUUGAAUACUAUUGAAUUCUUACGAGAAUAUGUUUAUUCAGCUGCGUGUGCAAUUGGACCACGUCAUCUACUGGAAGUAGAACAAGCUUUUAAUGCAUUAACUGAACGUGGUCAUCGAGUUCAUUUAGCUCGUGCAAUUCAAUCAACUGAAAAGAAAUUAAGUGUACAAAACAAUUCAAACUAUUCAACAAACCUUCAAGGUUGUGAUGGUGGUAUCCUUUUAAUUGUUGGACCGAAUGGUAGUGGAAAAACUACCUAUUUGUCAGCUUUAACAAUAUCACUGAUAGAAUCCGAUUGGUAUAGAUCAUUUUCAACGAAUAACACAGUACAAAAAAGUUUAAUUCUAAAUUACAUUCAAGUGAACAAUUAA